CUUAAGUUGUGCCACUUGGAAAGUUUGGGUGAUUUUCAUGUUCAAAAAUGUCAUCGUCUAUCUGCUGCUAUAGAAAUGGCUUUGAAGAGACGUAUUUGCUCGCGGAUUUCUCGUUUACGUGAAUAAUGAGGAUUGACUACUUAAGCUGUGGAACUUUUGUUUAUUGCCUGUAACCCUAUGCUAACGGUUCACGGCUAAAUGCAUGCUCUGGCUGAACUUCAGUCAGCUGCUCUUGUUUUGAAGCUCAUCCCAUCAUGGAGCGCGCGACUUUUUCUAAGUAUUCCUGGCUGGACUUUGUUUUUACUGUGAUCGGCGUGUGCACGUUUCUGUUUGACGUGGGCUCGGAUCUGUGGGUGGCUCAGGAGUUCUUCAUGCAUGGAGAGUUCAUGUGGUUCGGGGUUUUGGUGGGCUUCAUGCUCAUGUCAUCUGUCAUAAUUCAGCUGUUUAGCUGGUUUUGGCUGAAGUAUGAUCGUCCUUUGGAGAAUUUUGAGUCUCAGGCGUCCUCCGGGAACAUCGUUCUGUUAAGUGAAGCGAAAAGAGUAAAAUUGUUGCUGUUCCUGCAUGUUUGUCAGCUGGGUUUCUUCAUCAGGCAUGUAUCAGCUAUCUGGCAGGGCUUUCGUGUGUGGUGGAGAGGGGGGAGUGGGUCUGAGUAUGCAGUUUAUCUGACCCAUGACCUCAGCAUGCUGCGUCUCAUUGAGACGUUCUGCGAGAGCGCUCCCCAGCUCACCCUCAUGAUGUACAUCAUGCUACGCAGCAACCACGCAAGGAUAGUACAAUGUGUGAGUGUGGUCGCCUCCACUACUUCUGUAGCCUGGAUGGUAGUGGACUAUCAUCGGUCGCUCCGUUCAUUUCUGCCUGACAAGGACAAGCAGGGUUGGUUGUCCUCUGUGGUCUACUUCUUCUGGAACCUCUUUCUAAUUGGCCCACGUGUAGCUGCGGUUGCUCUCUUUGCUUCUGUGUUGCCUUGCUACAUUGCUGCUCACUUCCUGUCUUUGUGGCCUUUCUUUGUGUUAUGGGCCUGGAGGCAGGGUACUGAUUUCAUGGACAGCAUAGGGGGAGAAUGGCUCUACCGGGCCACCAUAGGUCUUAUCUGGUACUUCAGCUGGUUUAAUGUGUCUGAAGGACACACCAGAGGCAGGAGUUUCAUCUACCACACAUUUAUGAUCUCAGACACUGGCAUCCUGUUGGCCACAUGGUGGUUUUACCGUGAUGCAGAGAUGACCCAGUCGUACGCCAUUAGUCUGAUUAUCUCCAUCCCACUUUGUUAUGUCUUGGGCUUAAUGAUAAAAGUUCUCUACUAUUGCUGUUUUCACCCCAAAUUGUGGUGGCCUCCGGAUUUGAGGAAAUUUUCAGAUGAUGUAUCAGAUGGAGGGGAGCCACACAUCUUUAUGCAGGCCGAUGGUGCUUCGGAUGGAAGGGAGGAGCCACACAACGUUGUUCGGGCCGAUGGUGCUUCGGAUGGAGGGGAGGAGCCACACAACGUUGUUCGGGCCGAUGGUGCUUCGGAUGGAGGGGAGGAGCCACACAACGUUGUUCAGGCCAGUGGUGCUUCUUUUCAAAGAUUUAACAAGAGGAUGAGCCAACAUGCUGCUAACUUUUACACAACAAACACCUCCUCUGCAAUUAAAACAAAUGAAUGUGGAACAAAUAAUGUAUCGGUACUCUAAAAAUGAAUGGUAUGUAGCUUGUUUGACUGUUACACAUUUUAUUAUAUUUAUAAAUUCUCUGUACAUAGCGUUGAUACAAAUUAUGGUUUUUGGAUGAUGUUACAGUUGAACUGAAGUCAUUCAUAUUGUGUUGUUUGUAUUGAAGGUAUGUCAUCUCAGACUAAAAUCGUCCUCAUUUACUCACCCUCAUGACUUUCACACCCGCAUGACUCUUCUGUGUCUUCCAUUGAACACAAAAGAUGAUGGGUGGGCUGAUAAGCUCCAAAAAAAAAAACUAAACAAGAGUCAUAAAGGGUUUUUUUUUUUUUUUUUUUUUUUUUUUUUUUUUUUUACAACAUAUGACCUCUAUUCCAAAUCAUAUAAAGUUAUGGCUUUGUGUGAGGAACAGACCGAAGUUGAUGUUUUUUCUACUCUAGUUGUUGUAUUAAGAUGAAGCACAACUGUUGUGGAAUCUGAUUCAGUGAAUGUUUUCAUUUCUUUAAUGUAGAAUAGAAAUAUGUGCACAGACUGAUCCUUAGUCAUCUUGCCAAAACUAUUUUUAUCUUUUGUACAUAUAAAUCUAUGUGUACAGCUGUAAUGUUUUAUCAAGUUUUCAAAAAUUGUCAAAAGUGUUUAUAGAAUUCUAAUGGAAUUUUUGUCAUAAUUUAGACACAAUCAAUGGGAUCAAACAAGAAUCCACUCAGAAUCAAAACGGCUGUAUAAAAAUAAACUGAAAAUGAAAUGGAAAUAAAAACCAUCCUACAAUCUUUGAUUCUUAAAGGGAAUGUUCAUGCAAAAGUGAAAGGUCUGUCAUCAUUUCCUCACCCUCAUGUCAUUUCAAACCUGCAUGGCUUUGGUUGAUCGGUGUAACUUAAAGAUAUUUUGAGAAUUUUUUUUUUUUUUUUUGUCCAUUAAAGACAAUGGUGUCCAAAACUGUUUGGUCACCAACAUUUUUCAAAAUGGGGGUUAAGCACAACUUAACUUCCAUAUUCUCUAAAACAGGUCUUUUGUAUGUGCUUUGUUAAAUAUAGAGCUGUUUUACUCAAGAUGCCUUAAAAAGAGUGAGUAAAGAUGAGCAUAACUGAUCUCCCUCUCAUAUAGAUUAUUUAAAAAAAAAAAUCUUCUCACUAACAUUUGGAUAUUGAAAACAUCAACAACAAAACAAACUAGGUAGGUUAGUUGAUUACCUUAAAAGUCCAUAGACAUCGCCGUCAGUUCAUUCUGCUGUUAACACUUUCUCCGAUACGGUCAUGCGAUGAGAACAGUUUUUUGGUUUGGUCAUAUGACAUUCGACAUAUCUUUUGUGUUCUGUCAUAAAGGUUUGGAACGGCAUGAGGGCGAGUAAUUAUUUUGUCAGAAUUUCAUUUUUGGGUGAACUAACCCUUUAAAGUGCUUGGGUUUGAUCCCAUUAAGAUUGAUUUUCUAAACGAUUAGCACUUUUUAGGGGCAGUUGUGGCCUAAUGGUUAGAGAGUCUGGCUUGUAACCUGAAGGUUGCGGGUUCAAGUCUCAGUACUGGCAGGAGAAGUAGGUGAAUGAACAGUGCUCUCUUCCACUCUCAGUACCCACAACUGAGGUCCCCUUGAGCAAAACGGCUGCCUACUGCUUCACUUCACGUCACUUUCACUUUCCAAUUCUGUUAGCAUUCUAUAGGAUUUCUUGACAAAAGCAUGUUGGUAGUUGUUGAAGACUAUACCCAAACAUUAUUUAUCUUGUCUGUAAAUGCUCAGAGACAUGGAUCUAAAUGUACGUAAAUCAUCCUAGCAUCCUACUAGCUUCUAUUUGUGGUCUCAUUUUAUUAUAUUUUGUGAAAAUAUGUUAUAUAUUUGUAGUCUUAUUUUUCACUAUGGACUUGAUCUGAAUGAUUAAUGAUUAUGGUCUACACUUUCAAUUUAUUUUUCAAUGCAUUAAAUAACUCACUAUUGUCAUCAGCAAAAAUGUCUGACAGUAGAAGUUCUUGUAGUAUUGCAACAUUACCUAAUAGCCAAUAUCCCCUAUUGUAAGUUUCUGUAUUUGGUGUUUAUAGCUGUAGUUUCAUUAGAACUGGAUGCCAUAUGCAUGUCGUGACAACCUGUAUAGGAUUCUAUAUUGGUUAGCAAUUUCAAACAUGUGUCCUCUUGUCAUGCUAUGUGGGUUAUGCCAUUAUGUCUCAGUUCUGUUCAGGGAUUUUUUUGACAGGGAUCCAUUGAACAUUUUGUGUGUGUAAUAAAUAAACCCAGCCUAUUCAGACUA